AUGGCGUCCACGUCGAGCUCGACGCCCGCGGCGGAGGUGGAGGUGGAGGAAAGGGGCCGGAAGCGGAAGCGCGCGGCCGGGGCGGCGGAGCCCGCGGCGCCGGCGCAGCCGUCCAAGUGGCGGACGCGGCGCGAGCACGAGAUCUACUCGUCCAAGCUCCUCGAGGCGAUCCGCGUCGUGCGCGCGGGGCCCUCCGCCGCCGCCGGCGCGGCGGCCCCGGCCCCGCCGCGCGGCAGGGCCGUGCGCGAGGCGGCCGACCGCGCGCUCGCCGUCGCAGCGCGCGGGCGCACGCACUGGAGCCGCGCCAUCCUCGCGUCCCGCCGCCGCCGCCUCCAGGCCGCGCACCGCGCGCGCCUCCGCGCCCCCGCGUCCCCGCCUUCGCGCCAUGAUGCCGCCGCCGCCAGCGCCUCCGCUGCCUCGGCCUCGGCGGCGGCGGCGAAGGGCACCGCCACGCCGCCUCUGGCGAGGAAGGCCAAGGUGCUGGGCCGGCUGGUGCCCGGCUGCCGGAAGCUGUCGUUCCCGACGCUCCUCUCCGAGACCACGGACUACAUCGCGGCGCUCCAGAUGCAGGUCCGCGCCAUGACGGCCCUCGCCGAGGCGCUGUCCGCCGUCUCCGCCACAUCCUCCCCCGGCGCCGGCUCCUCAUCCUCCUCCUCGCCGCCGUGA